GCUGAAUAUCGAUUGGGUUUCGAUGGAGAUGAGACACGAGAUGAAAGUUGCGUGGGUAGUCGACUCGGUUGUUACUUUCCAUUGCAGCGUUCGUAACGCGAUAAGUGCUGCCAUCGUGCGGCUGGUGAGAGAAACAAUGUCUGAAAAAAGAUGGCUGCGGUGAGCAGCAGCAGGCAGCAGAAACGACGUCGACGCUACGUUCGGCGAGGGGCUUUCGUGCGGCGCUUUCGCGGUUGCGAGCACAACGUCUCGCGAAUAGAUCGAUUUUCGACGGGAAAGAAAAAAAGCGAAAAAAAAAACAAGGAAAAAAGCGAAUUGCCGGAUAUCUGGAAUUGUACGAUAAAUUCGAUAGAAAUACAUUCAUUUUGCUGAAGUGUCGGCACUGUAAAUAUUUUAAAGGAGCCGAGGGCGCCAAAGCGAGGGAGAGGAAUAACGGCAAAAAAAGAGAUAGAGAUAAAAAGGCCCGAGGAUUAAUUUAUUAUUCGUCGAGAUGAGAGUGAACACAAGAAGAGAGUGCUUGAAUGGACGUGAAAGAAGUAAUGGUACGAAGAUCUUUCGUUGCUCCGAAAGCUUCACAGCUUUAUAGGAGCGAGCAAAGAUCGAAAGAGGAAGAGAAAGAGAGAGAGAGCGGAAAAACGAGCAAGAUAGGGAGAUAGGAGCGGGCCAUCUGAGCGCCUAGCAGACGACAUUGCAUCCUAAUCAUCCGGGUAAAUUGGUGUUGAGACAUGUAGGCGACGAGAGCACAGAUCAGAACAAUAACAUCACGAUGACAAGCGAGGAUUUAUUGCAGCCUGGCCAUGUGGUCAAAGAGCGAUGGAAAGUCAUGAGAAAAAUUGGCGGCGGCGGCUUUGGAGAAAUUUACGAAGGGUUGGAUCUCAUGACCAAAGAACAGGUUGCCCUCAAGGUUGAAUCCGCCAGGCAACCCAAACAAGUUCUUAAGAUGGAAGUUGCCGUCCUAAAAAAACUUCAGGGUAAAGAACACGUUUGUCGGUUUAUCGGGUGCGGCAGAAACGACAGAUUCAAUUAUGUUGUGAUGCAACUACAGGGAAAAAACUUGGCCGAAUUGCGGAGAGCUCAGCCGCGAGGUGCCUUUUCUAUCUCUACUACUUUGCGCCUUGGUCUUCAAAUUUUAAAAGCAAUAGAGAGUAUACAUCAAGUGGGCUUCCUUCACAGAGAUAUUAAGCCCUCGAACUUCUCUAUCGGUCGUCACCCGUACAACACUCGUAUGGUAUACAUGUUGGAUUUCGGUCUGGCUCGUCAAUUCACUACAGGUACGGGUGACGUUCGACCGCCCCGGGCCGCCGCCGGUUUCCGUGGUACAGUACGAUACGCUUCCGUAAAUGCUCAUAAGAAUAAAGAAAUGGGUAGACACGACGAUCUAUGGUCGUUGUUUUACAUGCUCAUUGAGUUCGUCAACGGACAACUUCCAUGGCGAAAAAUCAAAGACAAAGAGCAGGUGGGAACUUUGAAGGAAAAGUACGAUCACCGUUUACUCCUGAAGCACUUGCCUUCUGAUCUUCGUGUCUUCCUCGAACACAUUCAGAGUUUGCAGUAUGCGGAUAAGCCCGAUUACACGAUGUUGGCGAGUCUGUUCGAGCGUUGUAUGAAGCGUCGUGGUGUAAAGGCGAGCGAUCCGUACGACUGGGAGAGGCCUUUGGUAGCGAACGAGGGUCUACCGACGACGAGGUCGCUACCAACGGUCACAGCGACCCCGGCUCUGAUGACGGCGACGACAAUCAACCAGGCGCCCACAACGCCAAACGUUGAUACGAAUAAUCAAGAAAAUGUCGAGCCGGACAACAGGAAAGAAGGAAAGAUAGAUUACGAAAGUUUAUGCAGAAUUAUAUUGGGAACGGAGGGAUCUCCUGUUCCACUUACGUCAGCAAUAAGUAAUCAUGGCCGGGACAAAAAUUGCAAUGCAACCAUACAGAUAACGGACAACACGCAUCAGCAAGGAGGCCAGCAAGUCGCUGCGACGCCACCGGUGCAAGGCUCACCGAAGAAACGACGGGCUGUAUCUAUGGCUGUGGAACCUCAGACUCCCGCACCACCGGUCGAGAAGCAAAUCGACAACGAGGGCGACGCUCUCAUGGCAUCGGCGCGUUCGGCAUCGGAAGUAGCGCGCUCCAAAACUGUAGCAAACGCCUCGGCUCCUCUCCGAAAAUCAGCGAGUGGUGCAACCUUUGCCAGACUUCGUGUCGUCCCACCCCCUGAGACUACGCCCGGGGAACCGCCGAGUCCGAGAAUACACACCGAGGUCGACGCCUCGUAUUGCUCCUACGAUGUCACAAACACGAAACAUGUCGGGAAUCAGAGUCCGGUAACCGAGCAACGCGAACCGUUGAGCAGGGAACCGAGACGACGCGCGGGUUACAGGCAACAAUCUAAGAGUGGACGCUCAGCAAUGAGAGACUGCUCGAUAACGCAAUUCGCUCAAAUCGACGACGACAAUGUGUCAGCCCUUCAGCAAGUAACACGAGGUGGCGGUGGCUUGACGCUGGCGUCACAAUGGAAAUCGCAGUUCGACGACUCGGAGGAAACUGACAACGAAUGGAAGGGAGAAAAUCUUCAGAGUCCCGAACACAAGGGUGCUAAUCCACCAUCCAUAGUUCCUCAGUCCACAGUUGGUAGUGAGGCUGUAGCUACGAUCACACCGACGACCGGAUGUCCUGAUGUUAAAUCAUCGGGUAGUCAGGCGAUAUCGGUAACGCCAAUUGUCUCUCAGCAGCAAUUAGUAACAGUGGCGACAACGGCCCUGGGAACUGCUCAAAAUCCUCUCUCUCGGAUAAGCGAGGAUUCCCCGAGAACCGGUGUACCCCACAGAUGCUUAAACAUUACGGGAAUCGAGAAAUAUCCGGAUAUUCAAGAAGCUUUGCCACGAGCAUGGAGCGUACCGGCGCUGGCGCCACACGUUCGUGCUAAUCUCGAAGCGCCCCUGGUACAGCAAGCAUUAUUCGAUGAUUUGUUGUACGAGGUGGACGUUAUGAGGAAUGUGGCAACCCGUCACGACGAGCCAAGGAGAAGUCCGCCACCGAGGCGAGCCAGUGUUCCAGCAGUUGCGUUCGCAUCGCCCAAAACCGUCCCUACUACUCCCGUCGGUGACGAGGAAGAGCAGGCCGUUGCCGGAAGACUGGAAAUUCGAGUGGUCGACUCGACCGGGGGUGCUACCGUUGUACAAACGAGUGCCGACAAGGAGCCGUUACAAAAAAAAUUGACGAACGGAACUGCCGGGAGUCCGGCAAGUCCGAAUCCCGGAGCCGAGGAGACAUCGGUCUACUACGACGCGACGGAGAACCGCGCGGCAACGGGGAACAACAGUUUAACAAAAGUAGCAUCAUGCGUGACGGUUGGAUCGUCUUCGAUUUCGCACGCUUUGUCGCAUCGUGAGUCCAAAGACAAUAAAGAACGUGAGACGAUGAGCAAAGCGCACAGUAGUCUUAGCAAAAUACCAAUUCCUGUGAAAAGUCCACGUUGCUCAUUAUCGGAAUCGACGCCGGAGACAAAUACAACGCAAAACACGAAAACUGGUACGGCGAGUGAAAUCGAAAAAUCACCAGCUCAAAUAGUGCAACAAACAAAGGAUCGUGAUAUCGCUAUCAAGGGUAAACCGUUGUCAGUACAUACGGAGGCACCGACACUGAGGCGAUGCGCCACUUUACCGGACGCACGCCCUAACGUGCCACCAUUAACGUCGACGAGCUCGACCGAGGAGGAAAAUCUUACCGGUUGCACUCCAGCACUGAGACGCCGCCGACAGUCCGAGAAAUACGUGACUGAUGCUAUUCAACUGAAUCUACGAUUCCAGAGACCACAAAGAAGACCAACCUCGGAGGUAUUACCGAGAUUUUAUCCACGUGGUGUGCCCUCCUAUCUACUCGAUUCAGGUAAAAGAACCGAGGAGAGCAGUGACAAUGACUCCGACAGCAGUGGUCCACCGAACUCUCAACCACCCCCACCACCCUCGUCGCUACCGCCUCACAUGGCUGAGAAUAACGCUAGAUGCCGUAGAUUCAGACCAGUCCCUGACGCAGCGGUAAUCAGCAAAGAGUCGUGAGAUUUAGCGAGUGGAUUCUGCAAGAGUCUUUGUUUGCAUUACAAUCAACAAUGUUCUACCACAGCCAACUAGGAAUGUGAUACCUUUUUGGAUCAAAUAAGUACAGAGCCUUUCUAGUUACUGGAGCAGAAGAAAAAUUCAAUCGAACGAGAAGAAUGGAACGAAGCGGUACAACAACAAAAAAGAACACGAUGAAAGGGAAGCUGACCAAGAGUUGAGAGAAACUCAAGGAUCUUAUAGCUGAGGAAAAAGCGAAAUAUUUCCAGUCCCAGCUACGGAAUAGAAAGAUAAAAAAACGAACGAACAAAUAAUACAUCGUUUUUACAACGUGGUAUCUUAUAGUGCGAUCGAUCGAUGUGGUUAAAAGGUGCGUAACGCGAGGCAGGUUAUCCUUUCGAUCGAAUAGUAUAAACGCCUCAAGGAAAAUCAUUGAUAAUCCUUGUAUGAAACAAGUUACGUUUGUUAAUUGCUCUCGAAUUUAGUGACAGCCUGAACUCAGGAAAUUCAACAACGCAUACGCGUUGGCUGUAUUAUCUGUCCAUUAAGUUUAAAGCUAAAAGAUUCGGUACGAUCAAUGAUUUUAUCGGUUUUACGAUCGAACGAUCGUAACGACGCGAAAAACCUGUGAAUCGCGUUAUACGGCUGUUUAUUAUCAUUAUUAUUUAAAUUGCUCUCUCACAGUGAUCGUAUAAAAGAACGUGAGCGAACUUAAUCGCUGAUGUGCUCAUUUCCUUUCAAUUAAUGCUCUCUUAGGUGUUAAUGAAAUUUCAAGCUAAUGGCGUACGAGAGAACAAAAUGACCCACAAAACUUGCACAGAUUCUUUCAAAAAUGCACUGAAGUAGAUGAAAGAAAAAAAGCAAAAGAAAUAAAAGCGUAUUACUCUUCGGUGAACGAGUGAUGCUCUCCCUCGAAAAAGAUAUUAAUAAUGAUAAAAAAAAAAACUAUAAACGAACGAGAAAAAAAACAAUUGAAAAUUUGAUGAAAUCUCCCAAAGUCAACUCUUGACUGCAGUUCGAUAUUGUAAGAGCGCGCGCGAAAAUGAGAGAAAGAUUACGAUUUCUCUGAUAGAAAAAAUAAUGGACUUUUAUUAGAUGUAUGCAAUCAUAAAAAAAAAACGAGGAAAGCGAUGUGAAGAGGAGAGAAAAAAAUGUUUGAAUGGGCGGGUAUGCUAGUCUCGGAUGACCCACCGUUAAAAUCAACAGAAUGCAACAAUUUUUGGAUGUUCUCUCGAUCUAAGGGAAAAACGUAUAUUUAUUCGUAGGGUCCAGAAGUAACCGGUGUAUCGACAUUCACAAAGCAAAACAGAAACCGAAACGUAAUACACGUAACAUUGCUUUACUAAAAAAUAAUUGAAAAACGAAAAUGUAUGUAGAUAUAUAUAUGUAUGUAUAUUUAUAUUUAUAUAUACAUAAAUAUACAUAUGUGUGUGUAUAUAAAAGCCGGGUUACAUGUAGCCGAGUUAUAUAUGAAUCGUGAAAUAGGGUGAGGGAGAGAAAGAGAGUGAGGAAGAGAGAUUGAAGCACGAUAAGGCAAGCUACGUGACGCUAGUCAGUUUAUAGAGUUCGUGGAUAAAGUGAAGCCCUUAACGAUCCAAAUCGACAAUUGUAACAAUAGCUUUUUCCGUGAUGAUGAAAAACACAAGAAAAACACGAGUGCGCGUGAAAAGCGUAAAUUUUAUAACUAAUAUACCAAACCUAUGUCGUUAAUCGUAUUGGAAAAGUGGAGUUUGUAAAGUAACUCGACGGUUGAAUAAUUGAAACAUAUACCAAAAAAGGAGCAAGAGACGGGGAGAAAAAAAGAAGAAUCGAAUUGCAAAUAGCAAUAUGAAUAUACAGUAGAUGUUAACAGUUAUCGCUUGUUUCUCGUUUUAUCGUAUGGUGCGCGUGCUCGCAACUAAAGCGCUGAGCUUACGCACACAAAAUUUUGUCACCGAUUAAAAACAAAAAAAUGGAGAAAUGCCAAUGAAAAAAAAAACAGCUCGAGCGCAAAACGAGAGAAUUAGCUCAUUUUUUAUUGCACCAACUCCGCACUUGUUCGUUUAAAUAAUCAAAAUCUAGUCACCCGAAGAAAAAUGUACACGUGCUACGAAAUGAAACUUUCCUGCCGGUCAACCGGUGUUUGUAUUUCUUGCCUUUUUUUUACACUUUUUUUUUUUUAAAUACUCUCUCCAUUUGUUCUUUCUCCUUUAUACAUGCUUUACGAUUGAGAUUCUUUUCUUCGCAUAGCUUUUCGCUUCAGUGCAAUAUUCUAUACGAACAUCACACGUGAGAAAAAGAAGUAAAAGAAAAAAACACGAAAAGAUUUUUACCGUAUGCCAAAUUAAUGAUAUUUAUUCUAACAAUUAUUAAUUAUUCUUAUUAUCAUUCUUAUAUUAUUAUUAUUACUAUUAUUAUUAUACCUAUUAGCGACUGACCAGUAUUGAUACUCGAAAAGAAGAAAGAGAAAGACGUGUAAAAGCAUAACAAACUGAACCGUAGCCUGUACAUUGAUUCGCUUCCAAUGAGAAUAUAAAAAAAAAAUAAUUAAAAAGUAUGUGCAAUUAAUCAGCUACAAAUUCAUUUGUAUGCCAAAAGCUUUUCAGCAUAAUUAUUGCAAUUGCGAAACUUAGCGUCGUUUGCACCGUAAAACAAAAAUAUUGAUGUAGAUUUCAAUUUAAAAACGCGAGAUUUAAUAGAUACGAAUUUAAUAAAGUGAAAGAAAAUAAAAUAACUAAAACAUCAAAUAAAUUAAUGAAUAAAACGAAUGAAUUGAAAGAACGGCGAGGAACAAAAAACAAGAAAAUGUUGCUUAUCCGAAUAUAAGUGCCAUUGAUAUUACUUCAAAGUUAAUCCCCCGUAUCCGAUGAAUUGUUAACGUAGAAAAACGUAACGUCGAAAGAAGUGUUGCAUUCCGUUGACUGUAAACCGCCCGAAAGAUAAACCAUCGUUUAGGUUCCUGUACAUAAUAUUAAUAAUAAUUAUAACAUUUACGCUAACGUACCAUAAUCGACUCAAUAUGAAUUUAUCAGUGACAGAUUAUAAAUUAACGAUCGAUAAUAAUUAUAUAAAUAUAUGUGAAUAUAUAUACAUACAAAUAUGUAUAUAUAUCUAUAUAUAUAUAUGUAUAUGUAUUAUUUUGAAGAAAAAAAAAAAUUAAUUCAUAGUAACUUUUCUCCGCUUUGUGAUCUAUCGAUAUACUACGAAUAAGAAAGAAAGAAAAAAAUUACGACAGUACAUGUGAAUGUGUAACCACGUUUGAAACCUCUGAUUUGCAAUCUUAAAAAGAGAGAAGACACGUACUAUUUAUUCGUAAUACAAUUAAACGAAGAAAAAAAAAAAGAAAAGAAAAAAAAAUGCAACAAAAAACGAAAAAAUAAGUUAAUCGAACAAAAAAAAAAUGGAAAAAAAUGCUAUUGUAAUUAAUAAGUAUCGCGAAAAGAAAAGUCAACAGAUACUAUUGUCUAUGGGUAAUAAUUGUUAGUUUAUUAUUAAAUUAUUAAAUUAAUAAAAAGCGAAAACGUGACGACAGAGGUGAAUCAAUUGGAACAAUGAACUAUGAUGAAAAAAAAACAAAAAUUAGUAUAAACGAAAACAACAAGAACAGUGCUUGUAGUUUAAUUCGUCAAUAAAAUUAAAAGGAGAGAAUCGUGACUAUGGUGCUUCGCGGACGAAAUGUUUGCGACGGAAACUUGAAUUUUCCGACCGAAUCAUAAUAGUCAUGCUGUGAUUUCCUGUGAAAAAAAAAGAAAACAAAUAAUAAAACAGAUUAAUUGAUUUUUUUUGUACACAUAACCUUUUAUACACUCUUGAAAACGAUUUGACUGGGAAGAAUGAAAUUUAUCGUAUGGACACCGCAUCAAACUGUUUGCAUCAAAUUAUACAGAUUUUUGAAGGUUUUUUUAAAUGAAAUUGUUUAAUAUUUGAAAUUUUUGAUACUAUGAGCUAUCUCGAAAUGCCGAAAAUUUUAUUUUUCCCAUUUGCAGAAACACAUUUUUCACUUUUACAUCGUUCUUCUGUCCGUUUGUAGAUCGCCAUAAUCGCAUUUAAAUUUUGCGCUAUACGAACUCGCAUCAUCAGCUGAUUUUCUAUAACGUCACGUUCCAAUGUGCUGUGCGGCCAUUGCAACCGGUAAGAAACGUUUAUACAACAGUACUUGAACAGUACAAUCACACGACUAUAUUUCUUUUUCGCGCAAAUGUAAAAUGAUUUAAUUAAUGUUGUGCUGAGUUGUCGAAAAAUUCUUACCCGGAAACUAAUAAAUUGAAUAAUCGUGAA